AUGACAGGACAGAGGUUAAAUUUUAAUAUUUAUGAUGAUUCAGUUUCCAGGCUUGAAGGGUUUGUUUCCAACAGGGAGCAGUCUUAUGAGGACCCCAUUGAGGAGUUACUGUAUGCAGUUUUUGUUGUUUCAAGCGAGAAUGCCACUGUUGCUGAACUGGCAACAACAUUACAGGCUGAUCUUUCUCAGCUGCAAGCCGCUGCAUCUUUUGCAUGCCGAUUGGGAUGGGCAGUAAAGGUAAUUGACCCAGCAUCCAUUCUUCAGGAUACAAGUGUACCUAACACUCCAAGAGUCACUCUCAGUGAUGAUGAUGAGGCUUCUCUUGCUAGUAUGGGCGCAGCAAGCAUUUCUGCUGAUGGUGAUAUUGGUCAACAAGGAGAUGUUACAGGAACGGAAAGCUAUGGACCACUUUCUGGCCUUGUCCGCGUAGCUUUUGUUGUUGAUGCUAAUAUAACAUCAUAUCUUAUGAUGGGUUCUGUUUCACCAGGCUUGAAAUCUCAUGCGGUAACAUUAUACGAAGCUGGAAAAUUAGGUCAUGGUAGCAUUGCAGAUCUGUGCAAGGAUCUCAGUACGUUAGAGGGAACAAAAUUUGAGGGUGAAUUGCAAGAAUUUGCAAAUCAUGCAUUCAGCCUUCGUUGUGUCUUGGAAUGCCUUCUGUCAGGUGGAGUUUCCACUGAUGCCAGAACAGAGGAAAAUUGUGACAAGAUGGGCCUGUUAACUUCAAACACUGAUGAGGCUACUGCUCUAAUAGCUGAUUUCACAUUGACUGACAAAUCAGAAUACCUUGGUAGAAAUGAAGCUGGACUCAGUAUUGAUAAUUCCAUAAAUUCUAGGCCUCAUGAUGAAUCUGGUUUGGAUGAUUCUGUUCCUGGAGGAACUGGUGAUGAGAUAUCUUCAGCUACUUUAUCAGAAGACAAUAGUUCAUUAAGUGAAGUCUCUAAAUCCGACCCAACUUUCCAGAGUGAUGAGAAGCUGAUACCCAUUGAAGAGUCUGAUGUUGGAAAAGAAGCCUCAAGAAAGAAAAAGAAAUAUCGAGUGGAUAUUUUGCGAUGUGAAAGCCUGGCUUCUCUGGCCCCAGCAACUUUAGAUCGCUUGUUUCUUCGUGACUAUGAUAUUGUUGUGUCCAUGAUUCCUCUUCCUCAUUCAUCUGUUUUUCCUGGACCAAGAGGUCCUAUUCAUUUUGGUCCCCCCUCUCAUUCAUCUAUGACACCAUGGAUGAAAUUGGUACUCUAUUCAACUGUGGCUAGUGGCCCUGUAUCUGUUGUUCUCAUGAAAGGACAAUGUCUACGCAUGCUUCCUGCCCCAUUGGCUGGUUGUGAGAAAGCCCUUAUAUGGUCGUGGGAUGGUUCUACAAUUGGAGGGUUGGGAGGCAAGUUUGAAGGAAAUUUAGUGAAGGGAGGUAUACUCUUACACUGUUUAAACUCUCUUCUCAAGUAUUCAGCUGUCAUAGUGCAGCCCCUAAGUAGGUAUGACCUUGAUGAUUCUGGAAGAGUUGUUACUGUGGAUGUACCAUUGCCCCUGAAGAACUCGGAUGGUUCAAUUGGUCAUAUAGGAAAUGAAUUGGGACUUGGUGAAGAGGAAAGUUUGAAACUGAAUACUCUGUUAACUGAUUUGGCAAAUAUGAUAGAAUUGUGGACGGUUGGUUAUAUUCGCCUAUUAAAACUUUUCAAAGAAAGAGAAUCAGACCACUUUUCACCUGAUGAUGAGAAGUAUGAUUGGGUCCCAUUAAGUGUGGAAUUUGGGAUUCCGCUUUUUAGUCCAAAAUUAUGCAACAAUAUUUGCAAAAGGGUUGUGUCAUCACAAUUACUUCAGGCAGAUUCUCUCACUGAGCAUCAUGAUGCAAUGCAAGGCCUUAGGAAAAGGUUACGUGAUGUUUGUGCUGAAUACCAGGCAACAGGUCCUGCCGCAAAACUUCUAUACCAGAAAGAGCAAUCAAAGGAUUCAUCUCAACAACUUAUGAACUAUGCUAGUGGAAGAUGGAAUCCACUUGUAGACCCUUCUUCUCCAAUCUCUGGAGCCACGAGCGAGUAUCAGAGAUUAAAACUUGCUAGUCGACAGCGUUGUCGGACUGAAGUCUUGAGCUUUGAUGGUAGCAUUUUGAGAUCUUAUGCUCUGACUCCUGUGUAUGAAGCUGCCACGAGGCCUGUUGAAGAAACAUCGUCAGUGAGUAUGGUAAAAACUGAAGCUGAUGAAGCUGACAGACAAGAAGUAACAUUACCUGGUGUUAAUCUUCUUUUCGAUGGUGCAGAGUUGCACCCCUUUGACAUAGGUGCUUGCCUACAGGCUCGCCAACCAAUUUCCUUAAUAGCAGAGGCUGCUGCAGCCUCUGCAUCUGCUGCUACUAAAUAGGACUCUUUCAGUCUUUGCUUGGAUGUGUAUAGAAGAAUUUAUCCUAUCUAACAAAAGGCAAUCACCAACUUAUCAUAUUCUUCCUGCCACUUCUACUCAAAUUUGGUGGUUCUGCAUUAUCUUUGGAGUUGGCUGCUGUCCAUGAGCUCGGGCUUGUCUCAAGGUCAGUUCUCGCAAUCUUUCUUGCUGUAAAAUGAUUCAUGGCUGUCUGAUCAAGCUUUCUCUCCACUAGGAAUGCGUAAUGGAAGAAGAGAAAUAAUAGCUUGUGGAUAGAUAUCAAUGUUGGAUAUGGUGUAUGGAGGCAAGGGAUCAUAUUCAUUUUUGCAAAAACGUCCGGACAUGAUGCAGUCUAAGAAACUUCAUGUAACUUUUUGGUUUGGUUUUUAUAUGCUAUUUCUCUCCGCUUUUGUUUUAGUUGGAUAAAAGGUAUGUAUUUUUAGGUGUGUAUCUUUUAUACGAUAAAAGAAAUCAGCAUUUUUUCAUGCCACAUCUAUCAAGAAGGUGCCUUGUGAAAAAUUGAUUAUUAUAUUGAUAAAUUUCAGUUUAGAUGGCU